AUCCAAACCCCGCAGCCGUGCACAAUGUGCCGUAACACUUCUCCGAUAUCAGACAUGGUUGGAAACAAAAACAGUGAAAAUGUUGUGGAGCUCUUCUGCACCAAAAGAUGCAUGUCAGCAUUCAAGAUCCAGGCUGUCAAUUCAUCAGGUGCCUCAUUGAAUUGUGACCACUGUGGUAAGACUGCAGUGCCAACCUGUCACCUUGCCAUGUCAGAUGCCUCCAUCAGAAACUUCUGCACUCUUAAGUGUGGCAUGGAUUUCAGGGAGAGCCAGAAUCCAGCAGGAGUCCCCGAUCAAAGUCAAAGGGAUUUCCUCCAUCCACCACCGAAGCUGCUAUGCGCCCAGUGUCAAAGCAUCGUAUUAACUACACCCAAAGUCAUCCAGAGAAAGGAAAAAAUAUACUUUGCAUGUAGUGUGGCCUGUUUUCAAGAAUUUAAGAGGGUCAACAGCAUCACGGCUACCUGUGAAUACUGUAAGAAUGAAAGAAUCAUCAAAGACGUCAAGAGAGUCGGCGGCAAAGACUGCUGCUUCUGCAGCGAUGCCUGCAAGACGCUUUUUUGUCAAGAGCUAAAAGGGAAGUGGGGUAAACACUGUCGCUCGUGCAGUUACUGCCAGUCGAUAUCCAAGAGUCUGGUGACGACACCGGGUGAAGACACGGACAUCGAGUUCUGCUCUGAAGCCUGCUGCUCAAAAUACAAAAUGCUCCUCAGCCAUGUGGCAAAAUGUGACACUUGCAGUAACAAAGGGAAACUAAAGCAGAGUCUGCCACUCCUGGGAGAGGUCAAAUACUUCUGUGGCAUGAAGUGUCUCCUGCACUUCUGCAGUAACAAGGUUCAGAUCCUGCAUGGAGAAGUCUCUUCAUCUCCAGUAUCUGCAGCACCAGCAGAGUCCUCUCCUGUCAUUGGGAAUGUUUUAUCUUUGGCUAAGGCUCUGACCAAGCAGCACAGCGGCCCAGCAGCCUCUCCGCAGCUUGGCUCCAUCACUGACAUUCAAACAAAGGUCAUUGGACAUGCCAGCGUUCAGACUGUCCCAAAGGAGCUGAAGAACAAGUCGAUCAUCUGUACUCCGCUGGUUCAUAACAAAGGGGUCUCCUGUACAGAAGAGGCUCUUAAAAUAGAGACAAAAAAAGAAGACCGUUGUGAUCCUAAAGUCGUAGUCCUGCCCGUCCCAGUGCCGGUUUAUGUUCCUGUGCCUAUGAACAUGUACAGCCAGUACACCCCACAGCCGGUGGGCCUGCCCUUACUGCUGCCUGUGCCCCUGGUCCUCCCCGUGAACACAGAUGGCUCUGAGGCAACGGUGAAAUCCACAAAGGAGAGUUUGCAUCCUGAAAACUUACAGGGCGAGCUCAACAUCAGGCUUGAGACAGAGAUAGAGCAGAGCGAGGAAGGGCAGAAGCAUGGAAAAAUGAUAAAAGAGGAAGAAAGACCCAAGCCUUCAUCCCUGCAGGACCAUGCCAGGAGCUGCAGUAGUGACUUGCGUACAGAUUUUAAGCCCACUUUUGACAACCUGGAGGAUUUCUUUGAUACCAGCGCCGGGCCGGUCACUCAGCCGCGAGGACACAAAACCUCCCCUCCAGUUUCAGAUGAGGACAUGCCCAGCAGUCCUCUUCCUGACCCCCCACCUCUUUCUCCUCCUUCAGCUCUGAAAACUCCUCAGAGAUCACCCGUUGCUCCUCCUGCUCCAAUUUUAGUACCACAAACUUUGGACAAAGACAAGAACAAGGAUUGUAACCUGGAGCAGCUUUCAAAGAAAGAUGAGCAAGACGCUCCUAAAACAGACUUUACUCAACCAGUGUGUUCAAAGCAAAACACACUCAAGAGUCAAUGUGGAGUUGAUGCCUGGAAGAGAUGGAUCAAGUGGAGAGAGUCACAAACCAACCUGGAGCCCGUUUCUUCUCAUGCACUGACGCUGAAGGCGGACCUCCUUCGUUGCUCUGUGGCUGAACUGAGCGACUGCCUGCUUUGCUUCAUCAGGGAGGUGAAACAGUCCGAUGGAGAGCCGUACUCCCCCGGCAGGCUGUUCUACCUCUGCCUCAGCAUUCAGCUGUUUCUGGUUCAGAACGGUCGGCUGGAGAACAUAUUCAGUGAUCUCAUCUACGACAGGUUUUCCACUGAGUUGACAAAGAUCCUUAAACCUUCAGUCACAGGUGGAGGUUGUGUCCUGUCCUGUGUGGAGGAGCAGUUUCUGUGGGACUGUAAACAGCUGGGGGCGUACUCCCCCACUGUCCUGCUCAACACGCUGCUCUUCUUCUUCUGCAAGUACUUUGGCUUCACCACAGUCGAGCAGCACCGCCGGCUGUCCUUUGCAAACAUCACACUCUGCACCAAAACAAGCAAGAGCAACACCAAGACCACCUUCCUACGCUUCCACCCACCUACUUGUACAAACCAGGAAGAGUCAGACACGUAUGACGUCCCAGCUAAGAAGGUUAAGAAAAACGAGUCUGAGGAUUUGCUGGAGAUGAUGGAGAACCAGGAGAACCCCCCAGAUCGGAGCUGCCUUCCCAGCAGCCCUCUGUGGUUCUCGCCCGCCCCGCUCAAUGACAGCAGCGUGGAAGCCACGAUCAUCCGAAUCCUUGCUGUCCGAGGGCUGCAGGGGGGGGAGAGAGAGGGUGCAUGUAUGGCCCCGUAA